CUAUAAUAACUUCCAUUGUUAGAAUCUGCAAGGUUGGCAAGCCAAAAGAACACAACACACUUGCCUCUCUCUCUCUCUCUCUCUCUCUCUCUCUCUCUCUCUCUAUUAUAACAGAGAAUAAGCAUUGAAAGAGCGGCUUUUACACUCUACGUGACAACUUCCACCCACAUCAUCUCCCAUAUAUAAACCAUACAUUCAACUUUCCAUCUCGAUCUCCUUGUAUUUCCACUUAUCUUUCUCUCAAUUGCCCCACUUCGAUUCUACGUGAUGGUUGAAAUACGAGAAGAGAUCAUCGAAUGUAAUACGGACCGCCACAGAGGGCAGACCAUAAUGAAAGGCAAGCGCAUGAAGCGUCAGAGGGCCCCGUCUCCUCUCGCGUUAACAAUGGCUUGCAGCUCAUCCGAGGACCGCACAAGCAGCAUCUCCCAAGGUGGAAGGUUUGUUGCCUGUGAUAAUGUUUCCUCAUCAGGUACUGGUGGGCGGGACUCAUCAGUUGAUCGAGGUGUGGAAGGCGUGGGAAUGGAAGAGGAGGACAUGGCAUACUGCCUGAUUCUCCUGGCUGGAGGCGAGAGGGUUAGAAAACCUCUCUCACCGGCGGAGCCUGCCACCGUGAGUACAAGUGCUAGCGGCAAUGGCGGUAACAAAAUAAGCGGGGUGGAUUUGUAUCAGUGUAAGACGUGUAACCGGUGCUUCCCCUCGUUCCAGGCUCUUGGCGGACACCGUGCAAGUCACAAGAAACCUAGACCAACCGUGAACACAUAUCGGAAUGAGAAAAGCUUGUCACUGGCCGUGGCGAACCCGCCUGUCGUGGGUGAUACUGAUGGAUCAUUGUUCAUGGCACUUUCACUGCAGAUACCGGCUGGCCAGGGGGCGCCUGCCCAGAAUGGCGCCGGCAAAUCCAAGGUUCACGAGUGCUCAAUCUGUGGGGCUGAGUUUACUUCCGGCCAGGCGUUGGGGGGUCACAUGAGGCGGCACAGGACACUCGUGCCCGCUCAACCUACAGCUAUUGGUGUUGGACCAUCUGGCAAUAAUAUUAGUUUCCAGGCACAAGACACCGUGAAGAACUCAAGGAACAAUUUGCACUUGGAUCUCAAUCUUCCGGCACCAGAAGACCGUGAAUCGAAAUAUAGCAGUUUAACAACGUCAAAAGAGCAAGUCCUCGUCUUCUCGGCAUCUCCUUUGGUCGACUGCUAUUACUAGGCAGCUAGGGCUUUGAUUCAUGUACUUUUGCGACAUCAUCCUUUCAUUUAUCUAUUGUUGUGAAUUAUCAAUUAGUUACUUACAAUCAAGCACGAAUAUAAUUGUUAGAUA